CUCCCUACCCACCCCCAACCCCACCACCCCCACGCGACGAGGCACGUCCUCCAUUUCAAAUAUCACGCAGAGCUUCGCGUCUCCCUCCCCCUCUCCCCGCUCCCGUCCGCCGCUCCGCCCCCGAAACCCUAGGGCCCAGAUCCCUCCUCCCCCGCGCCGCGCUCCCCGGCCCUCCCAUGGACCCCGCGGGCCCGCGCUCGGCCCUGCCGGAUCCCGCCGGAUCGGGCGCGCCGCCGCCGCCGCCGACGGCCGAGGAAUUGUCCAGGAGGGCGGCCGGGAGCGGGGGCGGCGGCGCUGCGGAGGCGUGCGGUGCGGCUCCGGCGGCCCAAUUGGGAGAUCCGAGGGUGGGGAUUUUGGAAUCUUCAGAUCAAGCACAGGGAUGUGUCCAUCCAUGUAAUAAGAAGGAUAUACCACAAUUUUCUGCUGAAGGCGCCACAAAAUGUGAAUAUGGAGUCCCUUCAUUGCCUCGGACUGGUGCACUUCUGCAGUUAGAACCUGCUUGCCUGACCUUGGGCCGUGCUUCUGAUGCAGUGCUGGCAGGAAGUUUGCAUGAUGCCAAUCCUUUGGCACGUGGCAAAGAGAACAUCCGGACAGACCUGCAACUUAAGCCUGAUGCAAAACGCGGUGAAAAUAGGAUGAGUGAUGCACCCCUUGGGUUGGAUCUUAAUAGAGUGGGUUCUUCUGAUGCGGCAGAGCUAAAUCCGUUCUUUCCUUACAAGAAGCUGGGUCAGUCGAAAGUUAGUGAUCCAUCAGAAUGUGGUAGUACAACUGGUGCUACAGGAGAAAGUGAGUCACAUAGAAAGUGGAGAGAAAUGAAGCAGAAUGGGUUCCUUUCUUCAACCCAUGGAACUGCAGUGGUACCUAAGCCACGUGGUCGACCGCCCAAGCGGAAAAGGGAUGAUGAGCUCAAGAGGAGCACUUCUACCCAGAAUGAACAGACUAAGUUCACAAAGGUUGCUGCUCCUAGUGGCCUAUUAUCUGGGCUGAAUCCAGGAAUCAUAAAUCAUGUAAGAAAUAGCAAGCAAGUAUACUCCAUAAUAAAGGCAAUGGUACGCUCUGAGGAGCUUGAGAACGCAAGCCAGCCUGGUCUUGCUGGCCAAACAGGUGAAAGAGGUAAAGAAGUUAUAGAGAGAAUUCAGGACCAGAAGUAUGGGGAUAGUUUGAUGAAGUGCCAUUUGAUGAUGGAAGGUAAUAAUCCGAUGUUUCAUCAUGGGCUGCCUACCGCAUCAAGAUUCCUCGCAGAGGAUGGUGACAAUCUGAAAUUGCAACUCUCAUCAACAGUCACCAUGGCUUCGGAUAGGACAUGUAGUACACUGGAUCAUGAAUCUCAACAUGAUUACAUGACUGUGCUAUCAGUUAAGGCUGCCAGUGUUGCCUCUCAAUGGCUGGAGCUUCUACAGCAGGACAUAAGAGGGCGGCUUGCUGCUUUGAAGCGCAGUAGGAAGAGAGUGAGGAAUGCUCUUCAAACUGAACUGCCGCACCUGAUAUCAACAGAAUUCUCAUCUAGUCAAGAGAAUGAACCGUCCAUUGCACAUUCUUCUGAAGCUGGGCCCAUGGGAAAAACAGCUUCAGAAGAACAUGUUGCACGGUGGAGGUCUCUAUUCCUUCAGAUGGAAAGAACACUGCAGGAGGAGGGAAGGCACUUGGAAAUUCGGUUGAAGGAAGUGCAAGGAAUGUUGCAGAAUUGUGAUAAAGGCCUAAAACAAGUGACCUGUGAGGCUCCACUGCUAGGCCCAAUGGCUGAACUAUGGAAGCUGAAGAACCCGGAGAUUUCCGAGAGUGAGUGGGCAGUGCAAGCUGCCGCUGCGUCCAUCUACUCGACGUGCAACCUGGUCAUGAAGACCGAGAAUGUCCCGUGCUUCUGAUCUUCUCGCACAUGUUGAUCUUGUUACUUACACAUUUUUCUCUCUUCAUUUUUUUUACUGAUUGGUUAGGUUCUGUUUCUUACACAUAUAGCCUAGACAGUCAUUGUCUCCUCUGUGUGUGUGUGUGUCGAGUAAAGUUGUGGUUGGUGCUGCUCCUUUGUAACGUCAUGAAACAAGCACCUGUGGUGUCUGAGUGAGAGUGAGAGUGAGUGAGUGUCUGUCUGUUGCCAACUUACAAAUUCUUUUUCACAGGCGCGUGAAAUAACAAGCUUGUUCGCCUGAUUUUUUUCA